AUGGCAGCGAAGGCGCCGCAGCAGCCCCAGCAACCGCAACAUCUUACCCAGCCUCAAGCGCAACAACAACAGCAGCCACCGCAGCAAUUCGAAUGUCUUGAGAUUAAGACAAAGAGUAUCGAGGCGACACUUCUACCACUCGUCAAACAGAUUUCGUCAUUGGUGGAGACGCAUGCCAGCGCCGGUGGGCUUAGGCCGUCGGCGGUGGCGAGGGUCGGGCAGGCGGUGAAUAUGGCCGUUGACCGAUUCGUCACCGUCGGCGAAACCAUCGCUGACGACUACGUCGAAGUGCGGCAGGGCAUGUACGAGGCGUGUAAGGAAGCGCGACAGGCCGGAAGUGCGAUCGAGCGGAUAUGCGAGGAAGCCGAUGUCGAGGUCGGAUCCGACCGGAGCACGCUGGUACGCGAGGCGAGAUGUCUUCUCGGAGCUAUAACGCGUGUUUUAUUGCUUGCUGACAUCGUCGUCGUCAAGCAAUUACUAUUGGCCAAAGAUAAGGUGCAACGUAGUUUAGACCGAUUGGAAUCGGUGAAUAACUUUACGGAGUUUGUGAAAGCGUUCAGCCAUUUCGGGUCCGAAAUGGUCGAGCUGGCUCAUCUUACCGGGGACAGGCAGAACGACUUGAAGGACGAGCGACGGCGAGCGCAAAUGGCCGCUGCUAGGCAGGUCCUCGAGAGAUCUACGAUGAUGUUAUUAACGUCGAGUAAAGCUACGCUCCGGCAUCCCGAUAGUUCGACGGCGCGCGAGAAUCGCGAUACCGUCUUCUGUCAGAUGCGACGCGCCAUGGACCUCAUCCACUUUGUCGUCAAGGACGGCGUGCUCAAUUCCGCCAUGGAAGCGUCGCCGCCGUGCCACAAGGAGGAGCUGGACGUCGACCGAGGGACUUUCAAUUCGUGCAUGCGAAACCUGCAACAUCUAUUGGAACUCAGUCGGGUUACACUAGAUCGUAAUCAAUUGCGCUCGCCGCGUCGUAAUUAAUUUCGGCUCUCAUUGUUUAGACGGUUCGUGUCACGAUUCACAGACAGUGCCUACACCAGCCACGAGCAUCGCCAGGCUAUCUUAGAUACCAGCGACCGACUUCGGAACGAAUUGGACCACUUAUUAGGAUUAUACGCCAACGUGAUUGGAUUUGAAGGAGCCUCGGACUGUCCGGAACUCGACACGGUCGUGUCGGCGACGUUGAACGCCGCCAAGGACCUCUCGAGACAUCUGGCCUCUGCCGCUCUCCAACAGGCACAAGAGUUGAAUGUCGCCACCAAGCACAGCCAGGAACUAGUCACCUCCAUUCGACAGCAGGCGUUGCUUGAGGAACCGGAUCGUUUUCAUCACACGUCUGAUUCGUUUCACGACUCCAUUGAUCACAUUUUAGAAGUAUGUAAACUGUUGCGUCAUGUGGCCGAAUCGGAGAAUCUUCAAGUGUCUGCACGCUUCAUCGAAAUCAAUUUGCGCGUUUAUGGACCGCAAGUCAUCACAGCGGCGAAAACGCUCGCCGCAUAUCCGGGCAGUAAAAUCGCACAGGAAAACUUGGAGGUGUUCACCGACAUGUAUCAGUGGUUGGUCUCGGACGUCACGGCAAUCGUGAAGGACGUUUUGGAGGCGAGUCACGUAAAACCGGAGAAGCAGGUCUACAUGUCACUGCCGCGGCCCGGGAAGCACGGCACGACGUCGAAACCGCUCAAGGCGGUGCGUCUCGAUUCCGAGGAACAAGCAAAGAUAGCAAAGUCAGGGCUGGAGAUGAAGCUGGCCACGAACGAGAUGGACGCCGAGACGGACAAGUGGCAGGAGAAUAGUGCUGGCACUGGAACCGCGCCCGAAGAGAAUAACGACAUCGUAAAACGCGCGAAAAAUAUGUCUUCGAUGGCGUUCUCGAUGUAUCAGUUUACGAAGGGCGAGGGCGACUUGAAAACUACUCAGGAUCUUUUCACUCAGGCGGAGUACUUCGCCGAGGAGGCAAACAGACUGUAUAAAGUUAUUAGACAAUUUAGUUAUCAGGUGCCAGGUGGAGAUAAAAAGAAGGAAUUACUGGAACAUCUUGAUAAGGUUCCAACCUACGUGCAACGGUUGCAGUUUAGCGUUAAGGACCAUACGGUGGGCAAAGCAGCAACGUUUACGAAGGUGGACAACGUGAUCACGGAGACUAAGAAUCUUAUGAAUGUUAUUUCAAAAGUAGUCACGACGUGCUUCGAAUGUGCGACAAAGUACAAGCUGGAUUUCAACAGUGGCGAAGCGGGCGGACGCGGGGCCGGCGGCGAUGGCGGCGCAUCAAGCGGCAGUGGUGGCAGCGGGGACGCCAAGGGCGUUGGUGGGACAGGCUCGGAUCAGAGCUUAUGACAAAUGGGGAUGUCCCGGCGCAACAAGGGAGACUCGAGACGCACUCGAGUCUCUUUCUUGUUGUUCUAGGGACAUCAGGCCCGUUAAAAACAAGACACCACUAUCAGAAGACGAAGAAGAUGAGCUACAACUACAACAACAAAAUGAACACAACGCUAUCCAGUUGCUUCCUAAACGCGUCGCUUGCGUUUCGACACCAUUGCGUUGUUUAUUGGUUCUCGCAGCGCGUGCGGUUUGACAUUUUAUUUGCAUUCUCGCUACACUCGCUACACUCGAGCAUCGAGCAAAUCUGCGUUUGGCACAUGAGCUACAGCAGCUGCAAGCCGAAGGAGAGAUGUGACUGACGAUGAUUAUAUCAAUUCCUAUUGCUGGUUUCUUUAGCCGACGUCCUGAGACUUCUCCAGAUAUCUGACGCUUAUCAGCGCACGAUCGUUUCCCUUUGCUGUCUGUCUUGACAAUAGGACCACCCAGAUGAUCUAAUCGUAAGAGGAAUAAUAAUACAGCUAAGUACAAAACUUAACAACUCACUCAAAAUGCUUUGCGUAACCAAAAGGGGUACAUAGUUAUAAAUUUCUAAGAGUUGUCGCAAAACUAGAAUGCUCUUCGUUUAAUAUUAGCUUGGUUUCGGUUUUUAAGUCUCUUUCGAAUUGGUCUUAAGGAAAACUUCAGUCAGCUCACCGAAUUUAUAUUGGCAUCAAUACUGUGUUUUUGAUUAAAAACUGUCUGAAGUUUUGUUUAUAACUAAAGUCAUGACCAUUCUUAAAAUUUCCUACUAAUAUUAAUAAGACUUAACUAUAUCGACUAACAUUUUAGGUUCACAUGUACUAACAAUGUGAGGAAUGAAAUUCCCAGUUGACAAGACGAAAAGUAAACGAUUGCUGGAACGUUUUGCAGACAAUCGAAAACGUAAGCAACGUGUUAUUUUUAUAGGUUUUAUUUGAUUAGCAUUCUUGGGACCCAAUUUAUACACCAACUGCAAAGAUGACGCUAGAAAAGUUUGUAGAAACCAAAUUGGUCAUAUCAAAUCAAGCCGAUGUCGUUUGUUGUGCGCUUUGAUUGUCUGCGAACGUUUCAAAACGGCGGCACAAUACUGUUGCAUACAUGGUAUUUAAAAAAACAAUCAUAAAAUGACUGUAACAUAGUUUAACGUACAUGUAAGUCUCUAUAGUAACCCAAUCAUAAGCUAGAUAAGUACCUUAAGAGUAUAUUAUUUAAUAACGAGAAGAAAAAGGUAUUAAUAUAAGAUAUUCAUAUAAAAAAGUGAAAACAUGAAACAAAUCAACAAAUAUGAGUAUGUAAUUUUAUUGUAAUAUUAGAAAUUCGAGGAAAAAGGUGAACAACAAGAAAACUUUUAUAUUUUUUGUACAAAUAGCAUAGUUACUCUCUCAUUCGUUGGAAUAAUUUCUGAUCUCGUGUUUUAUGUAAAGCGUGUUUUCAAACGAUGAUUGUGGCAAAGAUUUUAGAAUAGACCAGAAAUUAUCUAUGAAAUUAUAGAAUAUCUUUCAAAAUCUAUAAAUUUGUUUUCAUAUUAGAUUACAAUUGACCAAAAGUUCCAAAAUGGUGGACAUUGUUUAUUUUUAAUGGUAGCAAAGACUAGUAAACUAUUAGAAUAACUUUAUUCCGUAUUUUGUUUAUCGUAGAAUACGUAACAAACUAGCGUAUGCAAUCAUCAUUAAUAAUUGUUGCCUGAACUACUCGAGGCCUAAUUGUCGUCUUGCAAUUAGAAGCAACACAUUUUCUUAAGUAUAUCUAUCUGUGAAAGACGAGAUCGUAACCCAGUACACCAAAUUUUUUAUGUGCACACAAUCAACGACGCUCGCGUCAAGAUUCAACUAACUGCCCAUGAAUAUGCGACAUUUCUGUGACGGAAAUCAACUGUGCUGAUGGCAUGUAUUAAUUAAUCUUGUAUUAUUAACAAACUAUGAAUAACUGUUAUCGGUUGCGCUGAGAUAUUUAAUGAUUGUUGUGCCUGCGAAAACCACUUGAGAUUAUAGUUGUAUUCAAUGUUAAUGUAUUUCUUUACAUCUGAUGUGUGUAACUAGGCGAAACCGAGAUGGAUAGCAUGCUUUUCUCUUUUGGAUUUUCAAAGCCCUAAAAUAAGUGUUCGUACAAUGGGAAAAGUAACUUGAUUGUUCGUAGACGUUACUAGUUUUCGAUACUUUCCUAUCCAGUUACUCGAUAAUUUGACAUCUCCAAGGUUUGUGAAGUAGUCUUACGAAUGAUAAUAAUCGUUUUUUCAACCAACUACAACAGCAACAAACAAAAGCAUAAUAUGUAACGUAUUUUGAUGAACCAGUAGUGGAAAGAUUUAGAUUUUUUACCUCAAGUAUACUAAAACAUUGACUAGAUGAACAAGAUACUAACUAACUAUUGUUGCGAGGAUAUUUAAGUUUGUUGUUUAACAUAUUACAUUUUAUGGUGUGCCGAUGGAAAUGUUCUCUGCAUGCGAUUUGUGAUUUCUCAUAAACCAAAACGUGGGCAUGUGAUGUGAUUGGUUAUAAUUAUGAAAAACAUUAAGUUUAAUGAAAAAAUAUAACUCAAGAUAUGUUUAUAUUCGA